AUGGAUAUCAUGAAACUAUUUUAUCCAAUAAUUCAUUAUGCAGCAAAAUUAAAUAAUUUAUCUCUUAUUCAGGAUAUUAUUUCAUGUGGUGUUGACCUUAAUAUGAGAAAUGUUUAUCUAGACACACCACUCCAUAUUGCUUGUUAUUAUAACUCAAUCGAUGUUGUCAAAUUCCUUUUAUCAUUAAAUGGAAUUGAUAUUAAUACACAAAAUAGUUAUGGAAAUACUCCUCUUCAUGAUGCUACCUCUCGCAAUAAUCGAGAAAUAGUUGAAAUUCUUUUAGGAUUUAGAGGAAUUGAUAUCAAAAUAAAGAAUAAUGAAGGUAAAACUCCUAUAUUAAUGAAAGAGUUUUGA